UUGAGUUUGAAGAGAGAGAGAGAGGCGGGUACCUUCAAAGGAUCCAGAUUUGAGAACCGUUCGUUCCCGCGCAUCACGGCAGACCCCUAAGAAAGUAGAAAGACACACAUAUACGCGGGUAUCAAACCCCAAAGCUCAAAUUAGUCAUCUCGCUUCUGCUGGCAAUUGCAAGGCCUCCUCGUCUUUUUACCAAAUACGCGUCGCUAUUCUCCAUCUCGAUCCCUCGUCCAACCCGAAUCACAAUCAAACCCUGCCUCUCUUCUUCUCAAUCAUUGGUGGCUGAGAAGAGGAAGAGAGAAGGGAUGCAAUAAUUAAGACAACUUAAUUAGGGGUGGGGGCGUUGCCCUAAACUUCAAGCGCUGCGCUGGGGAAGCGAAGGCGAAGCGGAGAAGGGGACCUCUUGCUUUGGUUAUAUGGGCACGAAGAUGAAGGGCCUCCUUAAAGGCCUACGUUAUAUUUCCCAAAUAUUCGAGUCCGAGGAUGAGGAGCCGGAGAUGCAAAUCGGGUACCCUACCGACGUGAAGCAUGUGGCGCACAUCGGAUGGGAUGGCCCUUCCGUUAGCUCCAAUCCCAGCUGGAUGAACGAGUUCAGAUCGGCAUCCGCGCCGCUUAACCCCGGCAAUGCCAGCGCCGCCUCCCCCAAAUAUGAUACCAACCACUCAAGCGGGAUGGGAGGCUCCCUGCGAGGAACCUCCGAUCAGCCGAACCCGAAGCCAUCCCGGCGUGGGCAAACAUCAGGCCCAGACUCACCAAAACGGAACUCGCGGCGCAACCACUCCGCCGAUUCAAUCACCCGUGAGGGAUCGGGGGGAUCACGGAACCGGCGUAACAAGGGUGGAUCCUCCACAGCUGCGGCAAAUGGAGGGAAUGACUUACCGGGGCAAGACUUGCCGGCGAUUCCCAAGCAGGCGAGGCGGAAAAAGACGAAGGGCGGUUCCGGCGGGUCCACGAGAUCUUCGAGAUCGAAGGCGACAGCCUCGGAGGAGAUGGGCGGCCGGCAGAUCACUACGCCGGCGGCGCCAUUGACGGGGAAGGAGAGGCUUUGAGGCGACCUCUGGGACUUGGUUUUGGUCACGACUUACGAUGCUCUGGUCUGGUGGUGUAGUGAAGAGAAACGAUUACGUUUUUUAAUUAAUUAAUUAAUUAAUAUAUAUAGAAAAGGGUGAGAUUUGUGGAAGUCUUAUUAAUUUAUUAUUAGAUGAAAUGAAUGAAUGAAUUGCUCUCAGCCUCUCAAAGUCUUGUAUAUCAUCUUCAUAUAUUGACCAAAUUGCCCUUUCCUUCUUUUCUGUUUCCGCUUCUGAACAAUAAACUACCGAAGGACAACGAUGGGCAAUUUUGAUUUUGUAACCAUUGUU